AUGGCGCCUCUUUUCACCCUCUUCUUCUUUCUCUGCCUUCCUCUGCUUUCGCUUCAUCAUGCAUUUGCUCAAUCAAACACAAACAUCACCCUAGGGGCCACCCUUUCCUCUUCCUCUGCAACUAACUCAUAUUGGGCCUCUCCUUCUGGUGAUUUUGCAUUUGGGCUUUAUUCAAUUGGUGGCAACCAAUUCCUUGUUGGAAUUUGGUUCCAAAAGAUACCAGAGAGAACCCUGGUUUGGUCAGCAAACAGAGAUCAACCUGUGGAAUCUGGCUCCACCCUUCAAUUGACUCUUGAUGGUAGGCUAGGCUUCACAGAUACAAAGGGCCUGCAAACUUGGAUAUAUAAUAAAAGCAAUCGUGUAAGCUCAGGAGUCAUGCUUGAUACUGGUAAUUUCAUAUUGGUAAGCCCUGUAUCCUUUAUUUUAUGGCAAAGUUUGGACAACCCCACUGAUACUUUAUUACCAGACCAAACCUUGGGCCAAGAAAAUACUUGUAUUCGAAUCGCUUGGAGGGAGAUUAUAGAACUGGUAGAUUCAGGUAUUCUUGUUCUCACAAACUCAAACGAUCAGUUAAUCGCCAAUGUUUCUUCAAAUGCAUUAAACUCAACUGAGGAUUUCUAUCAAAGGGCCAUAGUUGAUAGUGAUGGUUUUUUCCGGCGAUAUUCUCGCCCAAGAAAUUCGAACAACAGAGAAUCAUGGACCAUGGUAUCAAGGAUUCCUGAUGACAUAGAUGCUUGUGGAGUGCCAGGUGCUUGUGGCAUCAAUGGUUAUUGUCUUUUGGAGCAAGAUAAGGCAGGGUGUCUUUGCCCACAAAAUUUUACUUUCAUUAAUCCUAAUUACUCUUUUGAUGGGUGUAAACAGGAUUUCAAUACAGUGUGUAUCGGUUACGUAGCAUCUGAUUAUACAUGGGUUGAGUAUGAGAAUGUUGAUUGGCCUACAGGGGAUUACGAAGGACUCAAUGUCGAUGAAGAUAAAUGUAAGGAGGAUUGCAUGAAUGAUUGUUUGUGUGAUCUGGCCAUUAUUAGAUACAAUGAUUGUUGGAAGAAGAGUAUGCCAGUCACUGAAGGCCAAAAGAAAAGCAGCAUACCAGGAAAGGCUCUUGUCAAAGUUCCACUGAAGAUUCGGCCACUGGAGAGAACAGAGACAAUGGAAAGAAUACAGAAAGAUGAUAGAGAUAUGCAAAAUUACAAGACGCCGCAAAUGGGUUCAAGGAACUUCUGGGGAAAGGUCCAAAUCGCUGUAAAGAAAUUGGAAAGUUUGCAGAGAGGGGAGAAGGAGCUCCAAACUGAAUUAAGUGUGAUCGGCCGAACCAAUCAUAAGAACUUAGUUCGGUUACUAGGUUUUUGCAAUGAGGGUGAUCAAAGGCUUCUUGUCUAUGAGUUCAUGCCGAAUGAGUCUCUUGCAAACUUUCUGUUUGGCCCAACCAAACCAAGUUGGGGCGAAAGAAUCCAAUUAGCAUUCGGAAUAGCAAGAGGGAUCACGUAUCUUCAUGACGAGUGUGAAAUCCCAAUCAUACAUUGUGAUAUAAAGCCUCAAAAUAUACUUCUUGAUGAGUUUCGCACCCCAAAGAUUGCAGAUUUUGGUCUGGCAAAGAUCUUACAACACAAUCAGACCCUUACAACCACCGGCAUUAGGGGUACAAGGGGGUAUGUUGCUCCGGAGUGGUUUCGAAAUGUUUCAAUCUCUACACAAGUGGAUGUGUAUAGUUUUGGGGUCGUGUUGCUCGACAUCAUUUGCUGCAAGAAGAAGAGGGAUUAUGAUCAUAACUUGGAGAUGCAAUUUGUGUUAUCGGAAUGGGUAUAUGAUUGUUUCGAUGAGGGGAAGGUGCACGAGGUAGUAGAGGAAGAUGAAGAAGCCUUGGGUGAUUUAGAGCAAGUUGAAAGGAUGGUUAAGGUGGGUUUGUGGUGUAUCCAAGAAGACCCAUCCAUGAGACCUCCCAUGAAGAAGGUGGUUCAGAUGCUAGAAAGGAACACACAAGUUAUGACACCCCCCAGUUCCUCUACCUCAUGGUUUUGAGCAAGUCUACAGGUCAAUGGUUUUUGUUGAAA